AUUGCGCUCUCUCAAGCGAGCGGCACCAAAGAAGACGAGGUCCCACUUUGGAGUUAUUUUUCGGGCACUGAAAACAUUUUUGAGGAAAUUUCCGGUGUACAACAGGCUGCUUGGAGCCAAUCCACCACACUUAUUUACCCUUGGUGGAACAGUAGUUGAACUUCCACUGCUACAUUUACCAACAACAAAAAAAGACACACAAAAAAACGUUUAUCUAGUGACUGGUUAGCCGGACAGACGUGCCCGCUUGCUAAUGGAACUUCUGUUCAAUAGACAAUCUUCGUGAGCAUCGCCGCUCUUGCUGUGUGGGUCUGCUGCUGCAAUCUGAGGUGAUGGCCACAACAGUUUAGCCUGACUAUGACCUGACCUGCAAGCUUGUCCGCCCACUUCACCUGACCAGAGUGUGUAGGAGAGGCGGUGGCAUGCGUGUGAGCAGCAGCUGGAGGUGGCAGCUCUCCCGGGCCAUGAGAUUAGCGCUGUGCUGGUGCCGGCUGUGCCGCCCGCAGAAAGGAGGCCGACGCUGGGGAUUCAAGCCGUGGGUCAGCGGCAGGUCCCUGGAGCUGUGGAGCUACAGCAAGCUGCUGCUCAGGUCACUGUACUUCAACAGCCUCAGCAACGGCGACACGCUGCUGGACUGUGCGUUUGAACCCGUCUACUGGAUUGUGGACAACGUCACCCGCUGGUUCGGAGUGGUGUUUGUCUGUCUAGUCGUACUGCUGACCACCUCGGUUGUGCUCAUCAUCUACCUGUUCGUCCUACCCACAAUCCUCCGAACUUACCCGUUGCCCUGGGUGGUCUGGCACCUCUGCUGUGGCCACUGGCUUCUUCUUAUGGUGGUCUUCCAUUACUACAAGGCCACCACCACCUCCCCCGGACACCCGCCCAAGGGCAAAGUUCAUAUUCCCUCAGUGUCCAUGUGUAAGAAAUGCAUCGCUCCAAAGCCGCCCAGGACGCACCACUGCAGCAUCUGCAACACGUGUGUUUUGAAGAUGGACCACCACUGUCCCUGGUUGAACAACUGUGUGGGCCAUUUCAACCACCGCUACUUCUUAUCUUUCUGCCUAUACAUGACCCUGGGCUGCAUCUACUGCAGCAGCAGCAGCAAGGAACUGUUUCUGGAGGCCUACAGUGCUAUAGAGAGAUACUAUCAGACCCCUCCUCCGCCCGACGCUGUCCAAGAGACCACUGCUUACAAGAGUAUCAUCUUCCUCUGGGUGCUGACCAGCUCGGUGGCGGUAGCUCUCGGAGGACUCACCCUGUGGCACGUCAUCCUCAUCAGCAGAGGAGAGAGCAGCGUGGAGCGCCACAUCAACAAAAAAGAGAUCACAAGACUCCGGGAGAAGGGCAAGGUGUUCAAAAAUCCAUAUCAUCAUGGUACGAUAAACAAUUGGAAGUUACUGUUGGGCGUGGAAAAAAGGAGUCACUGGUUCACACGGGUCCUCCUGCCCUCCAGCCAUCUUCCCAACGGGGACGGCAUCAUGUGGGACUGCACCUUCACCAGAAGGGACCCCAUGGCCAUCUGAUCCUCAGCCCACCCCC